AUGGCUUCACACAAAGACUUUGAGCUCGAGCGUUUACUAGAUCUUGUUCGUCUCGAGGAUGAAGACAACUACAACAACAAGUGGCCGGCAUGGAGCCAUGCUCACGCUACUGCAGUCAACGGCGCUAUGAUUUUGGCGCAGGCCGCGAUUGCAGCUCACGAGACUGUUCCGCUGGGCUUUAGCAUCCAUUUCAUUCAAGCGCAAUUUGUCAAAGCCAGCUCCAAGAAACUGGCUCUGCGCUACGAAGUCAGACGUGUCUCCAGCGGUGGCAAAUCAGCAAUUCGGGUCGUUGCCGUAAAGCAGGAAAGCAUCGUUAGAGCGAUUGUCACGAUCGGUUUCUUGAAAGUGGCAGCACAAGACGAGGCUCCGCAAACGUUCGACCACAUCGCAGAACCCUCGCCGGAUUCAAGAGCCGCAGCUGCCCAGUCCAUCGACCCCGACCUAGACGACGCCAACUAUGGAAGACCAGGCGCCACUGGACGCGCAAGGAACCCUCCAAACUGGCCCAUUCCCAAUAUGUAUUUCCCCAUCAGCUGCCAACGCCUUCACGUCACGCCCCACACGGACAUCUCCUAA